AUGACGUUCUUUCUAUUUCUUCUCUCAGCGUAUUUGACAACCAUUUACGGAGCAACUCAUGUAGAUCUGAAAAGACUUAACCAAAACUUGAUGUCAAAUUACAGCAAACAUUUGCGCCCGACAUUUAACCUCUCUCAACCAACAGAAUUAGAUGUCAUUUUUCAUGUUUCUUCAAUAAAGGAAUUUGAAGAAAAGACCAGCAGAUUUUCUAUGUUUGGAGUAUUUAUGAUUUAUUGGCAUGACUUUCAGUUAGAAUGGAAUCCGGACGAUUACGGUGGCAUUGUAAGUACAGUUUUCCCACAGAGCUCUUUGUGGAAACCAGACCUAUUACUUUUAAACCCAUAUGAGAAAGUUGAACCUGCUGGCUUCGACGAUCUCAAGAUCAUUGUAAAUUACAACGGAUCUGUGUACUGGUCUCCAGCUAAUGUUUAUGAGGUCACGUGUCCAGCAGAUGUAACAUAUUAUCCGUUUGAUCAGCAAACAUGUCCGUUGUAUUUUGGUGUCUACAUGUAUACCAUUUUUGAUGUGACUUUGAAACCAUUAUCUUCUGGUAUAACAACUAUUUAUUAUUUCCCAAACAGUGUCUGGCACUUGGUAAAUGUAAGCUCUAGUAUUCAUCCAUCACUUGACACGGAAAUACUCAUCCUGACAAUAGUACUUCAACGACGAUCAAUGUUUCAAGUCAUAAACACUAUAGUACCAUUCAGUAUGUUGGGACUGUUGAACAUCAUGGUGUUCCUUCUUCCUGCCGAAUCUGGUGAACGUGUUGGUUUUUCCGUGACGAUUCUGUUAGCUAUUGCUGUGUUUAUGACAAUUGUGGCGGACACUUUGCCUGGAACCAGCGAACCUUCUUUCCCUCGACUAUGUUAUUUAUUGAUAGCCGAACUCUUUAUCAAUACGUUGGUUACGAUUUCUACCAUUUUGUUACUAAGACUACAUCACAAACCCAAGCAACAGACCAUUCCAACUUGGUUGCAAUAUCUCAUAUGUUUUUGUUUUAAAACUAAAAACAAGACCCAACCUAUAGAGGAAGACAUCCAAGGUAUUAGCAAUGAAGAUAACUUCAUAAUUAAAACCAUUGUACCCAAGGUUCAGGAAACAAAGACAGAUAAAGGAGUAAGGAAGGAUUCUGAUUUGAACGGAGAUGACACAAUUAACGGGAAAUGCCCUAUCUGUAGAGGAAAAAAAUAUGUUUGUAAUGAGUCGUCAUGGCAGACUUUGGCGAGCUUUCUCGAUAUCUUUUUCUUUCUGUUGUUUCUUGUCUUCUUUGUUUCAUGUAAGGUUGUAGCUUAUUUUGUAUAUAUUUAA